AUGCUCAACAAUACCAACCAUGGGAGGCGGACCGUCGAUGGCUAUACAACCACGCGUGUCAAUGAUCCACUGGAGCCAUACAGACCUCUGGCGAAAGUCUGUAGGACGUUCAUGUACGUCAACCUCAAGUGCAUCGACGAAGUUCUGGAGCACAGAUGCCGACUGCCACCGCUCUUGGACUUCGUUGCAUAUGCUUUGUAUCGCUCGCGACCGCUCGACUGUGUCGUAUUCGCCACACUUAUGCUCAUGCACCGCAUCGAGGUCAGACGUGCAGGCCAUCAACCGGCGCAGUUGUUCGCACCACAGCAUCUCUUCCUAGCCGUAAUGGACGGUGGUGGGCCAGGGAUUCCUUUGAAGGACUUGACGAAGGCGAUACGGGACGUAUGCGUCGACCUGUUGGACUGGAACCUACAAGUCAAUCCAGACUUAUUGGCAAGGUUCGCAACUCACGUCAGGAAGGACUACAUCGGAGGAGGCCCUUAUCCGAUAUACGACUCCGGAUUCGCCCUCGGAUUGACUCUCCGCAAGCCGUACGAUGAAGACCAAGUCGCACCGGCGUCAAUGCAGUCUGCACGAGAGGGAUCCACUGGCAAGGCCUACUUUGGGAAUGCAAUCGCCUUCCGAGGCCACGACGAGUCGAUGCCGUCGGCGACACAUCCUGGGCAAGCAAUGUCUUUCCCUGGUGCACUCCAACAACAUCAGUACUCCGUCAAAUGCGGCGUAGCCAUGCCGUGCGCAUGGUAG